GAGCAGCGAGAGUGCGGCGUGUGAUGUCUUGUUGUCAAUAGCCCCUUUAUUCUGACAUCACCCCGCAUUGCAUACUCGCGUGUUAUUUGUACACAUGCAUCUCCAUCCCACCACAUAAGAAUUAAGCAUACGGCACACACCGACACUUCAUUGCACUUAUAUCUGCUGUAGUCCAAAUACCGCCCUCUCCCCAGGACCAUCUACAGACCUCCUCGACGCCCAGGCAUCAACAUGUCUGCCUCUCAGAUCCCCGCCGGCAAGACCUGGUUCGACACGCACAAAGUAUCCUUCGAGAACGUCCCAAUUGGCGCCGACCAGGGCAUCUCCACGAGCGAAUUCCUCGACGCAUCCGUAGCCACGACCACGCUCUUCGACGUUUUGGGCUCGGUAGCAUUCACGCCCGUGAAGAAUGACAUGCUAGGCAACAUCAAGAAAGUGCGGGAAAGGCAGCUCGCAGCCCCUGAGGGCUCAUCCACGCUGCAAUCGCUGGUCAAGACCGAACUGGCCUCGAAAUCUCACAAAGCCACCGAAGGCCUGCUAUGGCUGGUCAGAGGCCUGGACUUCACGGCCCAAGCUCUGCGGGCAGACCUCACCAGCAACGCCGGUGUGUCGACGACAGCCCAGCAACCCACGAAAGAAUUGUCCGAGAGUUUCAGAGCGGCAUACAAAAACACGCUGGCGCCUCAUCACGGGUUCUUGGUUAAGCCUAUCUUCAGUGCAGCCAUGAGUGCCACGCCUUACAGGAAGGAUAUGUAUUCGAGAUUGGUGGGAGAAGGGACAAGCCCGGAGACCGCGAGCCAGGCUCUUGAGAAGUGGGUGGCUGCGUUGGAGCAAAGAGUUGGCAUUUUGAAAACAUUCCUCGCUAGCCCCGAGGGUAAAUGGUAAAAGUGAAAGAGACGACACUGCUAUGCUCAGAUAUUGGUACGACGAGCUGUAUGCAUGAUUGACAUGUUGCGAGCUCGAGGGUCGUUUCGGCAGGACAUGCAUUCAACCACCCUCUGAUGGGCUGUGAAGCACCAGACAGG